AUGGCGGCAGUUCAGCUCUUGCUCUCGGACCUGCUUUUAGCUCAUACGCCAGUUGAACAGGAGAUGCUGUUGGCCAUGGCCGCGGUCUCCCGAGAGUUCCGGAGCGUGGCUCAGGCUGGCUGGCGUGCUCGGCAGGUCCAAUACCAACUGGGGCUUCAGAGGCAUUGCGAGGCGGGGAUUGAGCUCAGCAGGAGGACCGGUCAGGACGCCUUGGAUGCGAGGGAUGUGUCGAGGAAGAAGAAAGGCCUCCCCCGGGAGGCGCGGGACUCGUUCGCGAGGGCCGUGAUCGCAGAGUGCGACCCCGAAGGCGCUUGCGACCCCGGCGACGUCAUCCGAUACUGUUGCGACGAGUUCGUCAGGAACGGGAAGGGUGGCAAGAAGGGCGUCAGAGCUCGGGUGGAGCGCUACGUCAGCUUCAAGGCCGCCAUGCCGCCGUGCAGCGGUCACGUGACGACGGUUCUCCACCAGUACCUCCACCGAUACGUGAGCACGGGCUCCCAGACGGUGCUCGAGGCCGCCCCCAAGGCCAGGCUCCUCUGUGAGGCCCUGCAAGGGGAGACGACGCACGUCACAUUGGCCGACAUGAGCCACUAUAUACAGGGUCGCUGCUCGUUGGGUGCCACAAUCGUGCAUUGUCAGCGACGGUCGGCCAGGUUUACGGGUCUCGUGCAUGCUCUGGCAGCGAGAGGGCUCACCUUACGUCCAGAUUCCCGAAUGUGCUCGGACUUCAUCGAGCAGGAGGGUAAGUGGAGCCUCGAGGUCGUGGUGAACGUGAUGGACGAGAUGCGCUUCUACUUUGAGCACACGCGCUAUGCCAGCGAGGUCCGCCACGCGUCUUCCGAACUGGCCAAGAGCAGGGCUCUUCGGCAAUGGGUUGCCGAAGGGGGUACGCUGGGUUCUCCCGGGCUCCCGUUGAGCCUCGUGCGGCAGAGGGAUACCCUCUUUGAACGGCAGAGGCUGGGCCAUGCGGCGUCGACGGAGUUGGAGUUCAACACUUUUAUCAUAGACAUCGACUCUUCUGCGCGAGACCAGGACAGGUUUCCGGACACGGACGAGUAUACGGUGUAUUUUAAGAAUCCGUUGAUCAAUGUCGUCCGUUGUGACCUGCUGUCUGCAGAGGUCCCGAAUGUGGCCUUCAACGUCGAUACAUCGAAUCAGAACUUUGCCCUUGAAGAGGUGGUGGGGUCCAACGCUCCUUUUGUCGUUGCUUUCGAGAUCCAGCAGGGGCACUACGAUAUUACCGGCCUGUCGAACGAGAUUCAGCGGCUCUUGAAUAUCUAUACGCAUGGUACUGGCUCACCGUACACGGUGUCCUCCAUCACGAGCCAGAACAAGGUCAUUUUCAGAGCUGCCGCCCCGGUGACUCGGUUUAGGCUGCGGUUCGACCUCGGGGAUAACUGCAGCGGGCUUUUGGGGUUCGGCAACGAUGCCACACCGUUCAAUGACACGGUCGUUUCGACCGACGAUCCUAUGUACGCUAAAGCUCUCCUAUCGACUGCUUAUGUGGACACGUCCGGCGAUCAUUGUGUUUUCCUCACCAGCCCCGAGCUGGGCACCAACUUUCACGAGGUUUCGUACCAGAAGACUCAGAUGGGGCUCGUGACCAGCAUGCCUGCCAACUCUUUCGGUAAGAUUGCCCUCGCCGGUGCUGCCGGGAGCCUCGUGAUAUACACUCCGUCAACCGGUUUCCCCAUAUUCAAGGAGUUUCGGCCACCUAUCGGGAAGCUGGAUCAGUUGACGAUCAAGUGGCUCAGGCGGGACAGCUCACGCGUUGACUUCAAGGGUUUGGACAACUCCCUGCAGCUGCAAUUCAAAAGUGUCACCCGAUCCCUCGGAGCUCCUAAUUUUGGCGGCUUCUUUUAG